AUGGCAGUCCAGCUCCGCUCCGGGAAGACCUGCAUGACUCCGACCGUCGCCCAGGAGGUUCACCGCGCUCAGCAGCGCACUAAAAAAAUAACGGCCAAGGGCACCCACGACUCCGCCAUAAUUGUAGAGACUGCCCACUUCUACACGACGCACAUUCAGGCGCUUCAACAGCAGCAGAGCGACCUCGCGUCAGAGUUGCAAGCUGCGGAGGACGCCUACGCGGAUCUGAGCAAGAACUACGAGCAGUUGAAUGCGAUCGAAAACGCUUCGACAUGCUGUCUGGAUGGCCGAUUCGGCCUCGCCCCUCCAAAUGAUCCACCGGCUUUCCUCAAGAAGUUCGUGUCGACUCCUGCUUCUCUCCGCCAUAUUCGUGCGUACAACAACGUGUUCGCUUUCACCUCUAUGGGCGCUUCGAUUGGAGAAAACGUUGCCGUCGACAACAACUACGCAAACGGUCGGCAAGGCGUCUACACAUUCCGAGUUCAAGGUGGCGAAAGAUACAUGCGCAAGCAGUACUACGACUCCAUGGCUAUCGUGCGAGAAAUAGGCAAGCCCGAUCUAUCUAUCACCAUCACGUGCAAUCCGGAUUGGCCAGAGAUCAAGGCGGCGAUGCUGCAGAAUCAGCGGGGCGCUGAACGGCCGGACUUGGUUGCUCGAGCUUUCAAGCUUAAACUGGAGGCCAUCAAGGACGACAUAAUCAGGAAUGAAGUGUUUGGAAAGUGCUUGCGCAGCAACAACAAGACAAUUGAAGAUUUCCGCGGUCUGCCCAAGUUGGCUGACUUUAGUGAUCUUCACCCUGCGGACGCGACAACAAACCGAUUGAUUGAGGCAGAGCUAUCGUACGAUCAAGCGGAAAUGGAAGCUUUACGGGACCAAGCCGAUCGCUUGAAUGACGGUCAAAGAAACGUGUAUGACAAGGUGGUCAGCGCUGUUCAGCUCGAAAAUGGCGACGAGAAGCUUUUCUUUCUGGAUGGCCCCGGUGAGCGCCACCGCCAAGAUGGAGACCGGCUGAACGCUACGAAGGACGCGCUCAUACAGGCGCAGCAGCGGCUAGCGGGGCGCGGGGAAAAGCUGAACUAUCUGGGGCUCAAGACCGAGCAAAUGAAGAAGACGUCUGAGGACUUUUACCAGACAAUGAAAGCUUUCAACGAGAAGAACGCCAACAAGAAGUGGUAUGAAAUCUAA